AUGGCGAACUUACAAGGGGAUUUUAUCUUCGAUUCAGACGACUUGGUCAUGUUUUGUGCCGACUUCGAUAAUAGGCCGGAGACCGACCACACCGACUCUUCAUUAGUGGUUGCGUUGCAGGAUUUGCAUGAAAGGUGGACGAAUGUCCAGGCGUCUUAUAGGAAGAUUUUCACUACCAAGGACGAGGAAUUCUCUAGCGAUUUCGUGUCCUCGGCUAGGGAGAAGUACAGGGUUUGCACUUCGAGUUUUCACUCCUGCAAGGCCAGGAUGAUGGAUUUACAGAAAGCUUUUUUACCUAUUCCGGGCUCCUCGCGUAUUUCAUUUCCCCUCGAGACUUCUGACUCCCCCUCGAAUUUCAGUGCCAUCAAAGUUCCCCCCUGUGACACGCAAGAAUUCGAAGGCAGCUAUGAAGAGUGGCCCUCAUUUCGUGACAUAUUUACGGCUGUAUAUAUUAAUCACCAUAAAUUAUCCCCCGUUCAAAAACUCUAUCACCUUCGUCUCAAGGUAAAGGGUCCGGCCGCAGGAAUUGUGCGGAAGUAUCAAUUAUGCGCAGAGAAUUUCGAAUUGGCAUGGGAGGCAUUGCGUUCUAGAUAUGAGAAUAAAAGGAUUUUGGUCGACAACCAAUUGAAGGUUCUCCUGAACCUCAAAUCCAUUACUUCAGAGAGCAGUGACUCUUUGCAGCGGAUCCAGACUACAAUCAACGAUUGUCUUGCGGCGCUAAGGACUCAAGACAUAUCCACUCGCGACUGGGACCCUCUCCUGGUUUAUCUAUGCUCCACCAAGUUGCCUCAUGAGACUCUGUCGUUGUGGGAACAAUCUCUUAAGUCUCACAGAGAACUUCCGAAAUGGGCAGAAAUGGAUAGAUUUUUGUCGGACAGAUACGAGGUGGUGGAGAGAUUGAAUAGUAUACACGGAACAAGAGGCAGUUCGAUGAAGGGACUCGAGGUGAACGCAUUCACUAACACUGAGAGUAAAUCUCCGGUUGUUUGCAAACUUUGCAAUGCGAAUGCUCACUCACUUAAGAAUUGCACCAAAUUUCGUGAUCUUAGUCCUAGCUCUCGAAACAAGUUUGUCUCUCAGAACCGCAUGUGUUUGAACUGUCUUUCCUAUCGGCACGUGCGGAAGGAUUGCCAAAGCAGUAAUAAACCCCAGACUGCGGCUUCUCGCCAGGACUCGGUGGUUCAGUCCUGCAGUACAGACCUAGUGGGUGUUGAUACGCAACAGUCAUCGGAUGAAUCCUCCUCGCCAGCUACCGAUCCUGCAGCCGUUUCAGUGGCUCAGACAUCCUCACAUUUCUCCUCUUACAACGCGGAGUCUUCCCAGGAGAAUACUAUACUGCCGACCGCGAUGGUCACAAUCAGCCAUAACGGUGAUACCUUCAAGGCAAGGGCCUUUUUGGACCAAGGCUCCGAGAAGUCGUUUAUUUCCAGGAACCUUCAACAGAGUCUGUCUCUUCCGACCGAGCGUAGGCAUUUUCAGAUUCUUGGCAUGGGUGGGCAGGUUAUUGCAAAUUCGAAUUCCUCGUGCAAAGUUCCCCUCUUUUCGGAGACCCAUGACAAGUUGAUCGAUAUUCACGCCAUUGUGGUACCCAAGAUAACUCGUCUCCUACCCAGUUUCUUCCUCCCAGACCCAGGGGUUUCCUUGGACGGGCUGGACGGAUUAGAGUUAGCGGAUCCCAACUUCCGUACACCGGGACAUGUUGACUUGCUUCUGGGAAGUAAUGUGAUUCCUAACAUUCUUCUUGAGGGCGUCAAGAAGGUUUGCGAGUCCCUUGUUGCUCAAGCGACAAUUUUUGGAUGGGUCAUCAGCGGACCUGUCACCAUUCAGACUGUUACGUCUUUUUCUAUCCAGGCGAAUGAAAUCUCGGGUGACCCCGUUGGCCAGCAACUUAGAAUGUUCUGGGAGCAGGAGGAGGUCCCUGAGACGCGUCAUGUGUCGUUGGAAGAUGAGUACUGCGAGUCCUUAUAUGAACGAACCACGGUUCGUGACUCCGAUGGGCGCUAUGUCGUCCGACUUCCAUUCAGGAAGGAAUACCGACAGGAAUCUCCCUUGGGACGCUCGAGAUCUCAGGCACUGAUCCAGUACGUUCGAUUGGAACGCUCUUUAAGACACAAACCGGAAAUUGAGAGGAUGUAUAACGAGGUCCUACAGGGGUACUCCCGUUUGAAUCACAUGAGGAUGACAAAUUCUCAGGAGCUUCAUGACCGAUGCUCGUUCGGUUCAUUUUAUUUACCGCAUCACGCGGUGUUGAAGCCUGAGAGCCGAAGUACCAAAGUUCGGGUUGUAUUCAAUGCUUCGAGAAGAACCAGCUCAGGAAAAUCUCUCAAUGACGUUUUGUACACUGGACCCACCCUUCAAUCCGAUCUCAUGACAUUGAUUUUGCGCUGGCGUCUAUACAAAUACGUUUUUACUGGUGACAUCGAAAAGAUGUAUCGCCAGAUAUUAGUGCACGAGGACGACAUCGAGUUUCAGCGUAUACUCUUUCGUCCAUACCCAGCAAGUCCCAUCAGGGAUUAUGCUCUUAAGACUGUGACCUUCGGGGUUAAUUGCGCCCCUUAUCUGGCAAUUAGGACUCUUAUACAAUUGGCCCAGGAUUCUGCUGAGUCGUUCCCUCAGGCAGCAGAUAUCAUCAGAAAGGAGACUUAUGUAGAUGAUGUGUUAUCAGGCGCCCAUGACCCUGCAUCCGCUAUCGACUCACUAAGACAGUUAAUUGAAAUGCUUAAGUCGGGUGGUUUCCCAUUUAAGAAGAUUACUUCAAACUUCCCACAAAUUCUGAAUUCCGUCCCCUCGGAGAAUGUCUUAGACUCAAAGUUCUUGAAGUUUCACGAGACCAGUGACACCAAGACUUUAGGGAUUCAAUGGAAUGCUCUAGAAGAUAAGUUCUCCUAUCGCAUUGAUCCGCCCCCGAAAACACUGUCCAUUACUAAACGUCAAAUUCUCUCUAAAGUUUCCAAACUUUUUGACCCCGCUGGUUGGAUAUCGCCUAUUAUAAUUCAGGCAAAAAUCAUGCUACAACUGUUAUGGCUUGAAGGCACGCAAUGGGAUGAAGACGUCAAACCCGAGAUUUUGUUUAAAUGGAACAAUUUCGUUGACGGGUUGCAUCAAAUACCACUUAUUACGAUACCACGUUGGGUUGCUUUCGCGCCACUUCAAAACACCCAAAUCCAUGGGUUUUGUGACGCCUCCGAGAAAGCGUUUUGUGCGGUAAUUUACAUCAGAAUAGUCUGCCCGAAUUCAGUUCAGACGAACCUUCUUGUAUCUAAGACAAGGGUUGCUCCCAUAGAUCCCAUUAGCCUUCCACGAUUAGAGCUUUGCGGAGCCGUUUUAUUGUCCCAACUGACCAGGCAUGUACUAUCAGAGCUCCCACUUCACAAUUUUGACCUUUAUCUCUGGAGUGACUCCUCUAUCACAUUAAGCUGGCUGGCAAAACCACCGUGCACUUGGAAGACUUAUAUUGCCAAUAGAGUGGCAAAGAUUAUUCGAAAUGUCGGAAAUUGUGCAUGGGGGCAUGUGCGCUCUCAUGAUAACCCCGCCGAUCUCGGCUCCAGGGGAUGCUCUCCUAAUGAGCUCUGUAGCAAUUCCUUAUGGUGGCAUGGACCCGCUUGGUUGAAAGAGCCAUCAGAGGAUUGGCCCAAAUCUAUAAUGCUGGACCCAAAUCCUCCGGAAAUGAGAAAGAUCGAGGUAUUUCACACCUUUGAGGAGGAUGGGGAUAUUUUGGAAAGGUUUUCUAGAUGGGAUAAAGCGAUUAGGGUCAUGGCAUAUGCUAUGCGUUUUUACAGGAACGUAAGGAAAGGCUACCGCCAAGGAAAAGGUUACGCUUCGCGGGAAAUCUCUAACCCAGAAUUCACAGAGACAAAGAAUAUCCUCAUUCGCAUGACGCAAAGGAUUUUUUACACGGCAGAAUAUUCCUCUCUUGAGCAUAACCGACAAAUCCCCAAACGAAGUACCCUUUAUACGUUGAACCCAAUUUUAGACCCCAAUGGGCUUAUUCGAGCUAACGGGCGCAUUGCGAAUGCUGCACUACCGUACAAUGAACGCCAUCCCAUAAUACUGCCCGUGGCCUCAAACUAUUGCAAACUCUUUGUGCGUUUUAUUCACGAUUUUCUCUUGCACGCUGAACAUAACCUAAUGAUGCGAACUAUUCGUGAGGAGUAUUAUGUAGCAAGAUUACGAUCUGCAAUUAAGAAAUGUAUACGCAACUGUAAAACUUGCACUCUUUACAAGCAAAAAGUCCGAAACCAAAUAAUGGCUGCUCUUCCCACUGAACGAAGCUCAUUUUCUCUGCCCUUCUCGUAUACUGGUCUGGACUUUGCAGGACCAUUCUCGAUAAAAACGUCAUCGUUGAGACAAGCACCGUAUCAAAAGGGGUACGUGUGCGUUUUCGUCUGCUUCAGCACGAAGGCAAUACAUUUGGAACUAUGCUCUAGUUUGUCCGCUGAGUCCUUUCUGGCAGCGUUCGCUAGGUUUGUUGGGCGAAGGGGGCUUCCGCAAAAGAUUAUGUCCGAUAAUGGAACUAACUUUGUUGGGGCGGAGCGAAAACUGCGUUGCGAAUAUGACGAAUUCAUAAGAUUGGCCGCUCAAGAUGUCAGCAACAAAUACACCCCUCAGGGUGUCCACUGGACAUUUAUACCCCCAAACGCACCCCACAUGGGUGGAUUAUGGGAAGCAGGCGUCAAGUCCUUUAAGAUGCAUUUUAAGAAAGUGACUCAGAAUCAGAAAUACACGUUCGAAGAAUUUGCAACCCUGCUAGUGAGGAUUGAAUCCGUCCUAAACUCUCGUCCCCUCUCUCCCAUAACGGAUAACUCAUCCGAAUUAUUAGCUCUAACCCCUGGCCACUUUCUACGGGGUGCACCACUGGUGGCAGUGCCGGAAGUCGCAGCGGAGAAUUUGUCGUUGCCAGACCGUUGGGAGCGAUUAAAAGUCCAACAACACCAGUUCGCGCGUCGCUGGAAGGACGAGUAUUUGAAAGAGUUACAACACCGCUAUAAAUGGCAAGUUCCGAAGGAGAAUGUGGAGGUUGGACAACUGGUAGUCGUCAAGGAAGACCAGCUCCCACCUUGCGAGUGGAUGCUUGGGCGAAUUACGAAGACACAUCUGGCCGGCGACGGGGCGCCCACUAACAUUCGCCAAUGCCUUUUGUGUGAGCGAUACCACUCAUUAAGAUUUUGCAGGGAAUUCUUGAAUAUGGAUGUUGGUCGUCGGCGCAGAGAAGUGAGGCGGCUAGGGUACUGUCUGAACUGCUUGGCUCGCUCCCACAAAUCUUGGGAAUGUACGUCUGAGGUCGCCUGCCGAGAGUGCGGAGGGGAGCACCAUACACUAUUACAUAUUGAGCCGUUGCCUCGCCUCACCUUGGCUCAAAUGGACAAGGGACGGGUUGCAGCCGACUUAAGCCGUCUAAUAAAAAACCGGCAGUCCACCGAGCAACGCGGGAGACAUGGAGAAUCUAAGACAAAGGAACGCUCAGGUGAUAGAAGUAGACAUGAUCGCAGGCACAAACAGACGAACCGAAAUCCAAAAGUCCCAGCCAGUCGCCAAAAUGUCUCACAGCCCCGCAAAAUAUUGGAAACGGCUAUGAAAGCCCUGCAACGACUUCAAGAUGCCCUCGUGUGA